CUUGAGUUCCAACUUCCAAGACUUCCCAAGGCUCCGUUGCACCGGUGCCUGACCUCUUUGGUAUCCUCAGAAACAUGUGGAACGACGAGGAUAACAACCCCUAUGGGGCAUUCGACCAACACGAGUCCCGCCUAUCCGACUCACUGCACUCAGCCGCCAUAUCCCCCCCUUCCUUCGAGCAUGAUUCCACACCCCCAUCCAGCCGUGACUCCAACCUGGACCCGCCAGACUAUAUCUCCCAUCCAGAGGAUCUGAGUGAUCCCGAGGAAGCCGAUUAUGGAGCCGCAAGCCAACAGUACCCGCGGAAGAGUGUAUACGAUAGUCGCAUCGAGCAGAUCCUCUAUGAGAACCCGGAAAUGCCGAUUCUCAUUACAGAUGCCGGCAAGAAUCAUGAAGGUGGUGGAAGCUUUAUCGUCUAUACUAUUCGGACUGCGGAUCUGGAGGUUCGUCGCCGGUAUUCGGAGUUUGCCUCGUUGCGCCAAACACUUGUGAACUUGCAUCCGACACUCGUUGUCCCUCCGAUUCCUGAGAAGCAUAGCAUGGCCGACUAUGCCGCGAAACCCACUAAGGCGAAGGAAGACACAGCGAUCAUUGAACUGCGGAAGCGCAUGCUCGCAGUAUUCCUAAACCGGUGUCGUCGCAUGAAAGAGAUUCGGGAAGAUGGAUUGUGGUGGCGUUUCUUGGAUCCAAACGUUAGCUGGAACGAGGUGUUGCACUCCCACCCGGCCUCUUCCGUCCCUAAAAACAACCUCAAGGCUCCUCCUCUCGACCCCGCAAACCCAACGCAAGCUCAUGCCUGGCUCCCCGUUCCCUCCUCGUCCGCAAAGCUAAAGCACGGUGGUAGCGGGUCUUCCGGAUCUGGAGGACCCCCUUCAUCGCCCGGUGAUACAAACGAGGGACCUACGGUGCCCAAUCCAGGCCCGGAUGUUCUCGGCCGUUUCCCACCCGAGUCGCGCAAGUUGAGCGAACAGGAGCUAGACCCGUACUUUAUCAACUUCGAAGCCUCGACCCGAGAAUUAGAGUUGCUGUUGCAGGGCAAUAUUGAGCGGGUGAACCGGCGGACACUUUCACACCUCUCGACUCUUUCUGCUGAUUUGAUGGAGCUGGGUGCGCGCUACAAUGGAUUCUCUCUAUCUGAACAAUCCCCGACAGUGGCUGCUGCGAUCGAGCGCAUCGGCCAGGCAGCGGAUACAUCCUAUAUUGAGACCGAGGAGCUAUCCACCGCAUUGAGUGCUAGCUUUGCCGAGCCGAUGCGGGAGAGUGCCCAGUUCGCAAGUGUGGUGCGCAAUGUACUACGAUACCGGGUGCUCAAGCGCGUCCAAGAAGAUAUGACUCGAGAUGAAUUGGCUAAGAAGAAGACGCUUCUCGACUCCCUCGAGCGCAGCGAGCUCGAAGCUAAACGAAUCGAACAGUAUCUCAACCGCACCUCCCCUCAGUCCAAUGGCCCUCGAUCGCGGCGAUCUCUAUCUGCUUCUUCCGCCGUCAGCAGUGAAGGUGGCAGCAUGGCCGACGCCUCCACUGACUCCGAAUUCCCACCCACGCAUGGCGAAUCGAUUGGCAGCUCCUCCCCACCCCAAAGCCCCGCAUACAAGACACCCGAGCCCUCACAAUCGUCCCCGGUACACCGCAAGACAUCCAGUGGUAACUUUGUGACGAACAAGAUCUUCGGUCGCAUCAGCCACGCCAUCCAUGGCUUUGCCGAUGUUGAUCCCGAGCGCACUCGCCGGGAUCAGAUCGGCAAGACCAAAGAAAGUCUCAUCCAGCUUGAGCAAGCACUCGAGGUAUCACAGAAGGAUACCAAGGACGCUAGUGCAGGUGUGCUGCAAGAUCUGCAACGCUUUCAGAAGGACAAGGAAGCCGACCUCCGACGCUACAUGGUCGCAUAUGCGCGCUGUCACCUGGACUGGGCACGGAAGAAUCUCGAGACGUGGACCGAAGCCAAGGACGAGGUGGACAAGAUCGUUGCGCGGUAGAUUGCCUGCUUGGCUGGUUCUUGUAACUUUCUACAAGCUUUGGGCUCGGCGUCGAUGGUGUUGGACUUGCAGGGGGCAUUCUCUUUUUCUUUUUCCCCCCCCCUUUUCUUGUAUUCGGUUCCUUUCUGGCGUAAUUACCAAUAUAGCUGGAAUAAUCACGCCCUUGAUGGCCUCAGCAGGUUACAUUUGAACACAA